ACACACAGACUGCAAUGGGGGCUUUGCAGAUUGCUGGAUUUUGCAUUCUCUUCUUUCUCCUCCACUCUGGAAACACGUUGGCAAAUAAAGCUAGCCAAGAUGUUGACGAAUGUGUCGAGGGGACCGACAGCUGCCACAUUGAUGCCCUCUGCCAGAACACCCCCAAAUCCUACAAGUGCAUCUGCAAGUCUGGAUACUCUGGGGACGGGAAGCAUUGCAAAGACGUCGAUGAGUGUGAGCGGGACGACAAUGCUGGCUGCGUCCACGACUGUGUCAACAUCCCAGGGAAUUACCGCUGCACCUGCUACGAUGGCUUCCGCCUGGCACACGAUGGCCACAACUGCCUGGAUCUGGAUGAGUGCUCGGAGGGGAAUGGUGGCUGCCAACAGACCUGCGUCAACAUGAUGGGGAGCUACGAAUGCCACUGCCGGGAUGGCUUCUUCCUGAGUGACAACCAGCACACCUGUAUCCAGCGCCCGGAAGAAGGAAUGAACUGCAUGAACAAGAACCACGGCUGUGCCCACAUCUGCCGGGAGACCCCCAAGGGGGGCAUCGCCUGCGAGUGCCGGCCGGGCUUCGAGCUCACCAAGAACCAGCGGGACUGCAAACUGACCUGCAACUAUGGAAACGGAGGAUGCCAACACACGUGUGACGAUACAGACCAAGGGCCCAAGUGUGGCUGCCAUGUGAAGUUUGUGCUGCACGCUGAUGGGAAAACGUGCAUAGGGGAGAGGCACCUCCAGCAACACGUUACCCCCCAGACGUUUUCUAAUGAGACCUGCGCCGUGAACAACGGGGGCUGUGACAGCAAGUGCCACGACGCAGCCACGGGUGUGCACUGCAGCUGCCCAAUGGGCUUCAUGCUGCAGCCAGACAGGAAAACUUGCAAAGAUAUCGACGAGUGCCGGCUGAACAAUGGCGGCUGCGACCACAUCUGCAGGAACACGGUGGGCAGCUUCGAGUGCAGCUGUAAGAAAGGCUACAAGCUGCUGAUCAACGAAAGGACCUGCCAAGAUAUUGACGAGUGCUCCUUCGACAGGACCUGUGACCAUGUCUGCAUCAACACCCCGGGGAGCUUCCAGUGCCUGUGUCACAAGGGCUACACGCUGUACGGGCUCACCCACUGUGGAGACAUUGAUGAAUGCAGCAUCAACCGAGGAGGCUGCAAAUUUGGCUGCAUAAACACCCCUGGCAGCUAUGAGUGUACCUGUCCGGCCAGCUGCAAACUUCACUGGAACAAAAAGGACUGCAUAGAGCUGGUGAAAUGCCUGACGGGCCCCAUCUCUCACCGGGCCAUGAUCACCUGCAACAAGAACGGCAAGAAGGACAGCUGCUCCCUCACCUGCAUCUCCAAGGCCCGCUUCCUGCCAGAGUCCGACAGCAGCUACACGGUGAGCUGUGGGACACCCAUCCUGCGCCAGGGGGCCCAGCAGAGGCCUGGCAACAGCAGCCAUCACUGCGUGGAGACUGUCACUGCUCCAAUCAAACAGAAGGCUUCUUUCAAGAUCAAGGAUGCCAAGUGCCACCUGCACCCACGUGUGAAGGGGAAGCAGGACGAGUCGGGGAAGCACGGGGCGCCAGGCGGGGCGGCCCCCUGCUCGGAUUGCCAGGUGACCUUUGUGAACCUCAAGUGCGACUCAUCAAGGAAGGGCAAAGGCCGCCGGGCCCGCAACUCCCCCAACAAGGAGGUGACGCGCAUCACCCUGGAGUUUGAGGCAGAAAUCAAACCGGAAGAGGUCACAGCCAGCUGCAAUAUUAACUGCCUGCGGCAGAGGGUGGAGAAGAAGCUGAAGUCUGCAAUCAAGGCCCUGAAGAAGUCCAUAAACCAGGAGCGGUUCCUGAUCCGCUUUGCGGGCAUGGAUUACGAGGUGGCGCGGAAGCUGAGCAUGUCCCUGGAGAGGCAGGAGAGCUGCGGGCCAGGGCAGCAAAGGCUAGGAUCCAAGUGUGUUAGCUGCCUGCAGGGAACGUAUUACCACGGUCAAAUGGAGCAGUGUGUCCCUUGCCCCCCUGGGACCUACCAGGACAAAGAAGGCCAGCUCUCUUGUGACCUUUGCCCUGGAAGUGAUGCGUACGGCCCGGCCGGAGCAACAAACAUAACCACCUGUGCAGGUCAGUGUCCCCCCGGCCAUCACUCAGUGGAUGGCUUCAUACCCUGCCAGCCGUGUCCCCGGGGUGCCUACCAGCCCGAAGCUGGGCGAGCUCUGUGCUUCCCUUGCGGUGGGGGGCUGACCACCAAACACGAGGGAGCCUUCUCCUUCCAGGACUGCGAUACCAAAGUUCAGUGCUCCCCGGGUCAUUACUACAAUACCAGUGUCCACCGCUGCAUCCGCUGUGCCGUGGGCACCUACCAGCCAGACUUCCGCCAGAAUUACUGCAUCACCUGCCCCGGCAACACCACCACGGACUUCGACGGCUCCACGUCCGUGUCCCAGUGUAAAAACCGCCAGUGCGGAGGGGAGCUGGGUGAAUACACUGGCUACAUCGAGUCUCCCAACUACCCCGGCAACUACCCCGCCAACAUUGAGUGCACCUGGAACAUCAACCCCCCCCCAAAGCGCAAGAUCCUCAUCGUGGUCCCGGAGAUCUUCCUGCCGUCCGAGGAUGAGUGCGGGGACGUCUUGGUCAUGCGGAAAAACUCUUCCCCCUCCUCCAUCACAACCUAUGAGACGUGCCAGACGUACGAGAGGCCCAUAGCCUUCACCGCCAGGUCCCGCAAGCUGUGGAUCAACUUCAAAACCAGCGAGGCUAACAGCGCCAGGGGCUUCCAGAUCCCCUACGUCACCUACGACGAGGAUUAUGAACAGCUGGUGGAGGAUAUUGUCCGGGAUGGCAGACUGUACGCCUCUGAAAACCAUCAGGAAAUAUUAAAGGACAAGAAGCUGAUGAAGGCUUUCUUUGACGUGCUGGCUCAUCCACAGAACUACUUCAAGUACACAGAGAAACACAAGGAGAUGUUACCGCGCUCUUUCAUCAAACUCCUCCGCUCCAAAGUCUCCAGCUUCCUCAGGCCUUACAAAUAGCCCCCAGGCAUUUCCACCCGCCCCAUGGGCCGCCCUCCAGCCAAGGAAACUUUCUUUUGCUCUUAUUUGAUGGUUUUGGGUUUUUUUUCCUAAACAGCUUUUUAAACAAACAGAAUCCCCAUCUCUCACUAUGCAGACGACUCUAAACAAUUUCUCCUUGGCUUUCUUCAAACUCAUCUCAGCGCUGACUUUGUCUCCAGCAGGGGCGGUCUGUAAUCUCAAGGCAUCCCGUGCUCUGUUCUUUUACUACGGAAGUGCAGCCCAUAACGAUUACCAGUCCCAGCCGGGGAUGCUCCUUCUCAGCCCAAGUGGCCUCUACUUGCCGAGGCAGCUGCGACCUGCUCUGUUUUAUGCAACUUAAGUGUAGCCACUCUGGUUGCCUUUGUGGCCCUUUGGAUAGCCCUCGAUUACUACACAUCUGCGUACAAAUCUGUCUCUGUUCCUAGGCGCCAUAAACACACCUACAGUCGCCUGCACUCCUGGGAUAUAGUUUGGUAUUUUUGUUCCUGCUGUGGGGCUUUCUCCAGCUGCCAAAGCAAAGGAAAGUUGCUGCAGCCAGAAGGGGCUGUUUCUCAAAGAACUGAGCGCAAAGGAAGCCCUGAAUGUGGAAGGUAAUGCCUUAUUUAUCGCAGUGUUGUGGUUUAAAAAUAUAUAUAUAUCAACACAGCUUUGCAGGGGGGAUCGGGAAAAAAAUAUACUUUUUUGUUAAAAAAUAAUACUUAAAAGAAAAAAAAAAAGACAACGCUGAAAAGCAUCACAGCAAAUGGCAGUUCCAGUGGGCAGAAGGGAGAUCUGCAUCUCUCCAGGGAGCUGGGUUGGUCUCUCUGCACUUGAAGAAAGCAUGGCCAAGCCACAUUCUUAUAGAACAAUGGAUGAAUGGGAGAAAAAAGGUAAUGAACAAGAAGCCUUUCAGAUGGAUUCAUUUUUUUCCCCCAUGGACACUUGUGCCAAGAGACCAGACUCUCUUACAAGCUCUGCCAAAGAGUAACUUGUUGACAGAAAAGCAAGCGAUGUGAAGAGCAGGAGUAAAUGUUUGUGCACUAGGAUAUUGUCCUUUCUACCUUUUUCAUAUGUAUUAAGUGCAAUCAUUUGAGUCUUCUUUAUAUUAUUUAGAGGGAAGUUUUUUCUACUAGAAACUACAAUAUUUAUACCUGCCUGAGAAAUGAGAAUGUGUGUUUGUAACAAAAAACAAACCAAGGCUUCAAUUAACAGUGACCCAAACGUGAUGACGUUUUCAGACUUUGGAAUCUUUUCUUCUGAUAUUGGUCCCUAAUAAGGCAAAUCCACUUGAUGUUCCUUUUAUCAUUGAUGCUUUUAUUCCCUCCUCCCCCUUAAAUCUGUUGAAUCUUUCCCUGAUGACUGGAAAGCACAAGAUCUUUUCCCAUCCACAAGUGUCUCCAGUGUGGUCAGUUUGUGCUAGAUCUCCGCUAUUGGAUGCAGAGUUACCAGUUUACACUCGGUUGCUGGUUACACUCCUUCGCUCUGCAGCAUGAAUUCUAGAACCUGGAAUGCUACUCAAAAGACUCUCAAACGUCUGUCAUUUGGGCUAACAGAUCCUCUCUGUUAGCUGCAGUAGUACGGAGGCUUAUCUUGUCGUCGGGAGGUCUCCAGGCAUUAACAGCCUGAUUCUCCUCUCGUUCACUGUAGUGUAAAUCAGGAGUAACUCCACUGAAGUUAAUGGAGUUACAUCAACAUAAAAACAGCAUGAGGGGAAGAAUGAGGCUCCAGACAUAGAUCACAACACUGGAAUAGAGCAGAUUCUGUCCAGUAGAGAACAGUGACGAAAUAUAAGACAUGGAAGCUAGUUUGUUCCGGUGGAGAUUCCCUUCACACUCAUCUCCUGUGUCUCAGUGAACUUCAGUUUGGUUUGUAAGCAGCCCUUGGGGCUGAUCUCACCAGCUUUAGCUGUUGCCUGCUUUAUACAAGUGCUUAUUUAUAUUUUCAUGAAGAAAUCAGCUAAUCUGUUUCCAUUUCUCGAAGAGUUGGAAGAAGCAGGGCUGGAUAUUGAGCCUGAUCCUGGAGGCAUAAUUCCCAUUGACUUUUGUGGGAGUUCUGUGUGAAUUAGGAAUCGACGAAUGAGGUGCAGAGAAAUUCAGUGUCCCCCCCCAAACACGUUCUCAUGACUGCCCAUUUUGCUGGGACAUUGUUGUAUUAAACCACUUGGGGAACCUAAUGGCCAAAGCUGCAUCAGACCCUUAGUUAAUUCAACCUUGAAAAGUCACCAUGUCUUUGGGGGAGAUGCACAAGUGCCAUUGGCGUCCAAUGAAAUGUGCUUCUAAAUCCCUUAGGUGCUUUCGAAAAUCUGCUGCCUCCUGCAGGGGUUCUCAAACUUAGUCACAGUGCAGGCCACAUCUCACUAGGGAGAUUGUCUCGUGGCCAGCUCCCCUUCCAUGUGCAAUCACAGAGCUUCCCGCCAACUCCAGCAGUUGCCGCCAUGAAAAAUACUAAUAUUUAAGCCAGCAUUUUCAAAAGUGGCCACUGAUCUUGGGAGCCUCCCUUUGGAAGCUCAACGUGAGACACCUUAGGCCAGCUGCACUCCUGCUGCUCCCUUUGAUCUCGAUUGGGCUUUAAUGGCUGCAAGUAUCACCUGUCUGUUGAUGUCUUGCCAAUCUCCAUCUCUGCCAUAGCCCCACAUCUCAUCUGAUGUCUCAUCAGCCAAAACUGAAUGUAGCCAAAACUUCUCUCCCAUUAGCACUUCUCCUUUCCCCGUCACUCAGACUUGCAACCUUGAGAUGCUAUCUGGCUCCUCACUCUCCCUUGCCCCAGGCACCCGGACCAUUUCCAAAUCCUGCCACUCCUUCCUUGUGAACCUCAGAGCUGUUCUUUACUUGCCAUCUCCGCAGCCAGAUCUGUCAGGCCCUUAUUAGACUCUUCCUCUCGCCUCCCGUGUCCAUGCGCACCACCGUGCAAAAUGCAGCCACUUAACUCUUCCAUGCAGAUCAUACCACUUUGCUGGAUCUCCAUCCACAAUCAUAUCACCUCUUUGUCUGAGGUGCUACCUAACUCUGCCUCUUCCUUCUUAUCCUCCCUUGUCUGGCUUCAUGUCGCCCCCCCAACCUCCACUAUUCCUGCCCAGUUGUCAGCCUCUAGCACAGUCACCUUUGUGCCUCCUUCUGGGCAGCCUCCUAUGCCUGGUGCAAUCUCAGUGACCACAUCCUGUCCACAUUUAAGUCUCUCUUUACAGACCCACUUCUACCGUGUGGUGAAUUUAGUUGACUUGUGUACAGGUUUCCUAUUUGUUGCUCCACUUCCCGCAGUCUCUGUCUCCUUGUGUCCUUUGACUGUGAGCAACUUGGGGCAGGGACAGUUCCUUUUUGAACAUCCGGAAAACACAUAGCCCACUGGAGGCACCACCACCAGCUGAUUGAUUAUUAUGCAAUACACUCUCAUGUCUAUUAGCAGAUAGAAGGGACAGGGAGCUGGGUUCUGUCUUGAGCAGAUAGCAGCUGAUAUCCCAUAUUUUCUUUUCUCCCAACGUCUGGCUAUACAGCUUUGUUCUACUGCUGCCCCUCGGAGUUCAUUUGCUGUAUUGUAUCAUCCCACCACUCUGCUGAGGGAUGCUCAAUUCUAUCCCCUUCAUCCUGACUGCAUCUCUCAUGAGGGGUUGUGUUUUUUCAUGCCAUCUGUAUAUUUGCUCCAAGUCCUCAGAUAAGAUGGACACCUGUGCACUGAGAUGCCUGUCACAUCACUGGGUCUGCAGCAGGCUCCCUAGGGGAAAAGGCACAAGAUUUAUUUUUGGGGUUCAGAAUGCACGCAGCAGUGCCUAGAGUAUGUAGAUGUUUAAAGGGACAUGAUCAAGUCUAAAGGCCAAAUUUCAGGUAUGGUUUAAAUAAAUCAAUCCCCAAACCUGAUGUACACAGAAGUGUUUCUAGGGCUAUUUAAAAUCACAGAGCCUGUUACAUUUCAAAAUGAGACCGCAGCAUUCUGACCCCAAACACCACAGCUUGUAAGCACUGUGAAACCAAUUGCUCUGGCUUCACUGGCCCCUAGGGGACACAUUAUUUAGGUUCAUCGGACAAGAUUUUGAUAAGUGAUGUGUGAUCUUGGGUGAUUCCUGGGACACCUUAAAAGUGCCCCGCUUUUCAUACAGGGCUGUGCACCCUCCCUCUGAAAAUCAGACCUCAAGGUGAUGGAAGAUGAGCCCUCAUGGGAAGUUCUUGGCCUUUUAAAAUUUUUGUUUGCAUAAUCUGAGGGCCUGAUCUUGCAGCCUUAGUGCCAUGAACAGUCCUUUGACAGCAGACUCGUUGAGGUCUACAGCCCUGAUCCUGUAAAAAUCAUACGUGCUUUGGUAACUAGCCCUUAGUGGCUUCAUUGGGUCUGUUCACUAAUGAGCAUUUGUAGGCAUGGCACUACUCCCUUGAAGGGAUUGCAGGUUCAGACCAUCUAGCUGUUACUUACUCCACAGGUAAAUAAUUAUGUCUUCCAUAAUCUAGAGAGUGCUAUGUUAACUAGUCACUUAAACACAUUUAUUGCAAUGGGAAAUCUUGAUUGUAUUAUGCAGCUAGCUGUUAGGAUGGACAAACAGUUUUGGAGGCCUGAUUCCUAGAACAUGCCACUGUCUGGUGUUCCCUUCAGACAAUCCUUUUGGGGACUAUGAGGAUGAUCUUACCAGAUGUACUGUACACCAUCAAACCCUGCUUCAGUUCCUGCCCCUAGGCAAGAAAAUAGAAAAGGUUUGAAAGGCUGAAAACUGUCACCCACUUUCUGAUGUACUGAAUGUUUCAACGUAGUAAACAAAGGGUUGGUUU